AUGAUGAACGGCCAGAUCACUGCUAGUGACGGCUUCUGCUCCGGGAGCAGUAUCGAGUUCUCCUGUGACACCGGAUAUGAGCGUGUCGGCAGCUCUUUCGCUGUCUGCCGGGACAAAAAUUGGGACCGAGAGAUUCCGACAUGCCAGCGUAUCUGUUGUGACAAUACAACCGAAAUCAUAAACGGACUGGUUAACGCUACCGACGGUUACUGCUUUGGGAACGACAUCCAGUUCUCCUGUAAUCCUGGGCACGAGCUUGUUGGCAGGUCUUCAGCCACCUGCGAAGACGACGGAAGCUGGGGAAGAGAACUUCCGACUUGCCGACAACAGAGCCCCGCGUCCGUCCAAGCCAUCGUUGGCAGCACCAGUGCCGGUAUCGCCGCGGCGCUGGUUGUGGCAGCUGUCUGCUUCGUGGUCUUCCUGAGAAAAAGAAGGAGAAGAAGAAGAGAGGACAAUCCACAAUCUAUCGAGGCUGACUUCCUACCAGAUGAUGUAGCAAUGCACAGAAGGAGAAUGGAGGAGAUGGUCCCACUGGUUCCCCCCAGGCCACAGUUCCCGAAGCUCGAGGUCGAUCCCAGCCGGGUGACGCUUGGCCAGAGGAUCGGCAGCGGGGCGUUCGGCCUCGUUUACCGGGCAACCCUGACUCGGGACGACAGGACGGAAGACGUCGUCGUAAAAACGGUCAAAGACAACGCCAGUGAGGGCGACAAGCUGGGUUUUCUGGAGGAAAUCCGCUCUGUUGUAGACCUGGGGGCUCAUGAGAACCUGUUGGGUCUGAUCAACUGCUGCACAGUGGUGAGAGACCAUCUGUAUCUCAUCACGGAGUUCAUGCCAUACGGGGACCUGAAAACUUUCUUGAGGAAAUGUCGUGAGGUGUACCAGGUGCCGGAUGUUUACCAGGUACUGCAGAUGUACCAGGUGCUGCAGAUGUACCAGGUGCUGCAGGUUUCCCAUGUGAACCAGGCGCUGCAGGAUCACAUCGCUCGGUUUCGUUACGUCCACGGAGACCUGGCCGCUCGGAACGUCCUGGUCGGGGAACACCUGAUAGUGAAGAUUUCCGACUUUGGGCUGGCAGAAGACAUCUACAGCCGAGGUUACCGUCGGCAGGAUCGCCUCCAAAAGAUACCGUGGAAAUGGAUGGCGCCGGAGCGGCUGCAUGGUGGGGAAACGUACACCGCACAGAGCGACGUGUGGUCCUUCGGUGUAGUGCUGUAUGAGAUAUGUACGCUAGGGGGCGAUCCUUAUCCUGACGUGGCGACAUCCAAUCUAAAAGACCACCUGCAGGCUGGAUUUAGGAUGCUCCAACCUGAAGACUGUCCCUAUGCCAUGUACGACCUGAUGCUGCAGUGUUGGCGAUGGCAACCCACCGAGCGGCCGUCAUUCCGCGCACUGGAGGGCAAAAUAGACAAGAAUCUCGCCUUCUACGGACCCGAGUACGCUAAAACAGCCUAACAUACAAUGGACUAGUAUCCAGCCCACUGUGAAUGAUGUAUGUGGGAGAGAAAAAAACACUUCGAACAAAAAUAAAGGCAUCAAGUAAGAUAGAAAGACUAAAUAAAUGAAUGGAAAAAUCAUCUUGAUUAUCUCCUGCGCAGACACCAAUUAUUUGGGUAGAGAAUAAGUGUAAGGAAUCAGUGAGAAUGGACUUCCCAUCAAGAAAGUGUUCAGUGGCAAUGAGCUAUUUAUGAACAGCUGAAGAACAGAAAAGCAGCAGGCCUAGAUGCUGUACCUUUUAAGUCUGACGUUGUAAUAAUAUCCUGGAGCGAUGCUGCAAUGGAGUGUACAUGCAAAGCUCGAUCCAGAUAUCAGUGGACGAAAGGGUGCAUCUUUCCCUAUACGAAGAAAGGAGAUCUGUCCCUUACAUCUAAUUACAGGGGUAUCUCGCUCAUGCCAAGUUCUACUAACAUCUACAAUGCAAUGCUGAAUAGAAUACAACCUGAAAUGGAAAAAAAAUACUGAAACACUUAUAUCCAGUAUGUGCUUAGGUAUCAGUGUUAGGUUGAAAGGUUAGAAACAGGUUAGAAACGCAUGGUUAGGUAUCGUGAUGUAUUAAACGGACUACAUUCGUAUAGCAUGAAUGUACAUAGGUUGUGCUAAACAGCAACAUUUUAGCGUCAAUACUGUAGUAAAGAUAAAAUUAACCCUAUCCAGACUAGGCGUUUCUGGCAUUCCCUCGCCUGGAGGGGGGAGGCGUUUUUUUUACCUUGUUCCAAGGUCCAAGUUGUGAGUUUUAGAAUUAAGUAUACUUUUUUAUGUAAAUAACAACGAUGCAUAAUGUGACACGUGUCUUACAAAACUUUACAAGCACUAGCCAUCGUUGAAUAUAUGCAAUACAUGUAAAUGCAAAGGACAUUGUCAAAAUUCCUUUUCAAUU